AUGGAUGCUACAAAACAGGUACAGAAGAGUUCUUCUUCUUCAUGUGAUCAAGAAGAUACGCCACCACAAAAAAAUACUAUAAACAGUCAAGAUCAAAGCAACAAACAGGCUUCGACUCAAAAUAAUGUGGAUAAUAAGUUGAAACUUGAAGACAUUUUAUACGAAACUAAUCAGCAAGCAAUUUCUUACAACCGAACGAACUAUGGGUUAUUAGGUAUUCUGAAUGUAAUUAGAAUGACAGAUUCUGAUUUAAAUAUUCUGGCUCUCGGUACCGAUCUGACUACACUAGGACUCAACUUGAAUUCAUCCGAAUGUUUAUAUCUCAAUUUUGACUCUCCUUGGAGUUCAAACAAAUCGGCCCAACCAGAAUCUGAAACAAACGAAAUAAUUCAAGCAUUUGCAAAUACUCCCCAUAAUGUUUCACAAAUAAUUGGGUUGAAGUCAACAUAUGUCCAGAAAUUUGCUCUUGAAACCUUGUUUUACAUUUUUUAUAAUAUGCCACAAGACUUGCUUCAGGGUUUUGCAGCUGUGGAACUUUGUAAUAGGGGUUGGUUAUAUUAUCCCGAAUCUUUUCAAUGGUAUUCGAAGGUUCAAAAUGAAGAAAGGCAGACUACUGAAUGGCAAGUUUUUGAUACCAAUAACUGGUGCAAAGUCUCUAUUUCUGAACCCCCAUCAAGCAAUUUACUUUCAAUAGAUGAGAUUCGUCCAAGUGUAGAGGAAGGAGUUAGAAUCCACUCCAAAUGGAUACAGGAACAGAAUCAGAUUUAUCAAAUUGUCCAACAACAAAUGCAGCAGCAGUCAAACAAUCGCAAUAAAGGCCCUGAACCACAAGCAAAUUCUAAUAUGAACAAUGUCAACGAUUUUAGUUCAGCACAUAAUCAAAGAAACAUUCAACAUUCUUUUCCUCAGACUGGGAACAACCAGACAAUUAAUUCAAACAAUUAUUCUAAUUUUAGAUCUUCUAAUAGGCAUAAUUCAAGUUUUCAAACACACUGA